AUGGCGGAAGAUAACCAAAAUCCACCUGAAGAACUGAUGAGUCACUUCUUAAACCCUAAUUUCUCGCAUCCAACUGCGAGUAUUAGGAGACCUCAAAUCCAUGCCAACAACUUUGAAAUAAAAGCCUCUUUCCUGAAUUUAAUUCAAAGUAAUCUAUUCGAAGGAGACCCGAUCGAAGACCCAAACCGCCACAUUACUAAAUUCUUACAAUUGUGUAGCCUCAUCAAAGCUAAUGGGGUUCCUCCUGAAGAAAUCCGUUUGAUGAUGUUUCCCUUUUCUUUAAAAGGAAGAGCACUUAAUUGGCUGGAAUUGCAACCUGCUAAUAGCAUCUCCACGUGGGAAGAUUUGGUUGAGAAAUUCCAAAAGAAGUUCUUCCCAUUAUCCCGAUUCUCUGAGUUGAAGGAACAAAUUGACAACUUCAAGCAACUCGAAGGCGAAUCUCUGUGCGUAGGAUGGGGAAGAUUUAAAGAACUAAUCAGGAGAUGUCCCCAAUACGUUUUAUCUAAUGGCGAGAAGGUCCGAAUUUUCUACAAAGGAGUUACUCCGACUUAUCGAGUACUUCUUAACGCUGCAGCUGGAGGGAGUAUCGGAGAAAUCACUCCCACAAGGGCUAUUGAACUGAUUGAGAAGAUGUCAUCUGAAGAUAACGAGGUCACACCAGUUCAACCUAAGAAAGGAGUGUUGCAGUUAGACGGGUACGACGCUAUGUUAGCCAAACAAGACAAGAUGGAUCAAAGGUUAGAUUCACUUGUUAAACUCUUUACCCAAAAUCAAAUCUCUGCGGUUAAUUCGCAAUUUCCUAUAGUUUGCGACACUUGUGGUGGACCACACACUCCUGAAAACUGUGACGCUACAGUAACGAUUGAUCCGGCUCAGGUUCAUGGAAUCUGGAAUAACCAGAGGAGAGAAAAUCCUUAUGGAAAUACGUAUAAUCCGAGCUGGAGAAACCAUCCUGGUCUGUCAUACAAAUCUGGGCAUCAACAAAAUAAUACAAAUUUCCAACAAGAUCAACCUAAUCAGAAAGCCGCUUGGGAAGUUGCAUUUGAAAAGAUGGCCCAGUCUCAAACAAAUUUCGCAGAAGAAACGAGAGCAUCUUUUAAGAAUCAAGAAGCUUCCAUAAAGAAUCUGGAAAUUCAGAUUGGUCAGCUUGCCAAACAGAUAGAGGCCUCCAGGAACCUUUCCUAG